UGUUGAAACGCUACAAGUGUUUAAUGAGGUAUUUUGUGGGGGUACAGCUGUGAUUCCGGUGAGUUUAUCAUUAUUUAAUAUAAAACAUUACGUUGAACAGACAGUUUAGGUCUGUGGUUUGUUUCUGCAGCAGGGUGGAGUUCAUCCGGCUUCUAACCACACUGUCACGAGAAGACAGUCUCGUCUCCUCAGACAUUAUCUCUUCUCUUAAUGAUUGAAAGAUGUUCGUGGAGGUUGAAGAGGGAAGAAAGUCAGAUACAAAGAGAACAUGCGCGAGACUGCUUUGGUGUUGGUUUCCUCAUGUUUUCCUUAUUGUAUUGCUCAUUUUAUACGCCGUUUUAGGCGCGAUUAUCUUUCAACACGUUGAGAAUAAACCAUUCAAUGAGCCGGAGAACAUCAGUGCGGUGGCGCGAAAACUGGUGGAGACGGUGCAGAACCACACAGAUGCUUCAACACGGGAAGCGUUAUUCAGUAAAAUAGAAAAUAUUUUGUCCAAACUCCUUAAUGAAAGGCAGUAUCAGAACUGGAGCUUCUACGGUUCACUUUUCUUCUGCUGUACAUUGUUCACUACUGUAGGUUAUGGACAAAUGUAUCCAGUGACUUAUGAAGGCAAGGUGGCUUGUAUCCUGUAUGCGAUGGUGGGCAUUCCUCUCAUGCUGCUAGUCAUUUCAGACGUGGGAGAUAUCUUAGCUGUUCUUCUUUCCAAAGCGUACACUCACCUCAGCCUGUUCUUCAGAGAACGGAAGUUACAUCGCUCAUGCAUUCACAGGCAUGAAAAGGCAUCAUCUAAAAAACAAGUUCAAGGUGCUGAUACUGACGGCACCUAUAUGUUCCAGUCGUCCCUCAGAUGCACAUGCUUGCAGAUACGUAACAACAGAGAGAUCUUUGACCGCAUGAUUAUUAAGGAGAACGUCAAGCUCAAAACUGCUCUAACAAAAUCAUACUCGUGCCCAGACCUUAACCAUAUGAGACCCACAAAAUCCAGCUCCAAGUUAUUCAUUAGCAUUGGACAGGAGUUGGAGAGCAAUGAAGUCCCUCUGCUGGUCAUCUUGCUGGUAGUAUUUGCUUAUAUGAUAGUCUGCAGUCAAAUUCUGAGAUGCUGGGAGAAGCAGAUGGACUUUUUUGAUGCUUUUUAUUUUACCUUCAUCACCUUGACCACUAUUGGCUUUGGGGACAUUGUGCCCGAACACCCAAAAUACUUCAUGGUUACCUUUUUGUUUAUUAUCACAGGCAUGGCCAUUAUAAGCAUGGCCUUCAAACUCGGCCAAUCACAAAUUUUUAGCUUUUACAGGCGUUGCAUGAAGUUUGUUAGCAUGGGCAAGGUGAUAAUAGACAAAGACCCAAAAAGUUACUGAAGGCAGAAAGAAGCAGAUGGUUUUUGUGGCUUUGCUAAUGGCUCAUGAAAUUACUACAGGAAAGCACGAGCAUUCUCAGUGCAAGAUGAAAGUGUGUUUUAAUAUUUAUAGGGUAUCAUUGCCAGUUUGAUAUACAGUCGGUUGAAGGGUAAUGAACCAUAGUCAUGCUGCAGUGAACAAGUAUAGGAGAGAGAGGCUCAAAAUGAAACUCACACUCCUGUUAACUAUUUCAGCCAAAAGCAAGGAAAUGCAUGAUAAUGCUUGAUAAUGCAUUAAAUGCUAAGAGUGUAGUAUGAUUUAACUUUCUGAUCAAUUCAUUACUUUUCUCUUAGUGACAUUAAUGUUAUGAAAGUAAGUGUUUAUGUCAAAUUAAAGUGCCCCUAUUUUGGAUUUUUUUUUUAAAUUACAU